AUGAGAUUACGAAAUUUAUUAAGGGUUCGUAGUAUUUUUCUGAUUAAAAGACAUAUAACUUCUGAUUCAACAAUGAAAGUGUUUACUCAGAUGAAGAACCCUAUAACUGGUAAUACGGAGUGGGACGUUCAAGAUGAGGACUAUGACUAUCACCAAGAGAUAGCUCGUUCUGCGUUUGCGGACAUGCUGCAUGAUACAGAACGAAAUAAAAAAUAUUACAGAGCUCUUCAACUUGCUAUUGAAAAAAUGCAUUCUGAAGGAAAAAAGGCAAAUGUGUUGGAUAUAGGCACUGGAACCGGUUUACUAUCUAUAAUGGCUGCGCGUUGUGGAGCUGACUCUAUAGUAGCCUGUGAAGCCUUCAAGCCUAUGGCAGAGUGUUGUAUAAAAAUAUUAGAGUGUAAUGGUGUUGCAGACAAGAUUACAGUAAUACCUAAGAGAUCUACAGAACUCACUGUGGGUGAAGAUGGAGAUUUGAAGGAGAAAGCUAAUAUCUUGGUUACAGAGGUUUUUGACACUGAGUUGAUUGGUGAAGGAGCCCUGUCUACAUUUUCUCAUGCACAUGAGUACCUGUUAGAAAAAGAUUGUAUAGUUGUACCAGAUUCAGCAGUGAUCUACGCACAAGUGGUUGAAUGCUCAACAUUGUGGAAGUGGAACAAAUUGAAUGACUUAGCUGACAGCGACUUAGACAUUAUUUUGAAGACCCCACAGAAGAUGAAAGAUUGCCCGGGCUCUGCCGCUGUUCAUGACCUUCAACUAUCACAACUUCCGCGCCAAACUUUCAACGAACUCUCUGAUCCUAUACCGGUAUUCUUUUAUGACUGGUCAGGACGUACGCCCACCAUAUUUAAACGUACAGUGACACACAAUUUUAAUGCGAACAGAACAGGCAAAGCACAAGUUGUGUUUAUGUGGUGGGAUCUAAAUAUGGACCCUGAAGGUAAAAUUCUUCUAAGUUGUGCACCAUGGUGGUGUCACCCGUCUGCUGAUUUAGUAGCCGAACGUCCACAAGACACCAUACCUUGGCGCGAUCAUUGGAUGCAAGCUGUUUACUACUUACCAAAAGAAAUAUCUAUUCAGAAAGGGUCAACCGCAACUCUUAUAUCCUGCCAAGACGAAUAUUCACUAUGGUUCUAUUUAGAAGACGAAAAAACUAAAUACAUUGACUAUAAAAGACCUGACUGCGAUUGUGGUAUUCAUAUGGCUCUUUCUAGAACCCAUAUCUCUUAUUUAAAUGAUGGUAAAAGAAGCAAAAGAUUUCUAGAACAAUUGAAAGAUGUUGUCACUAAACAAUCAGUAGUUCUAGAUUUGAAUGGAAGUAGUCUAAUGGGUUUGUCAGCUGCAAAAAUUGGCGCGAAAGCUGUAUACAUUUUAGAAAGUUCGAAACUUAAUCUUGGAAUUUUAAAUGAAUAUAUUGUAACAAAUGACAUAAAUAAUAUACAUUUUGUAUCAGAUGUUACUGAUGAGUUAUUAAAUAAAGUAACUAAUGUAAUUUGUGAUCCAAAUUGCGUGAACGCGAUUCUGCCUUGGGAGAAUUUAAAAAUGGCGCAUCUUUUAUAUAAAUAUAGCAGUAAAUUGACCAAUUGUUCGUCGAUUUUACCCGAAGGCUGUGAGAUUUGGACGAUGCCGGUGGAAUUUCAACACCUACAUAAAAUAAGAAUACCUUUAGACCGAUGUGAAGGGAUCGAUAUGGGAAUAUUCGACCGUUUAGUUGAGAAUUCUCGUGGGAUUAGCGACGCGGAUAUUGAGUCACAACCUCUUUGGGAGUACCCUUGUAAGAGUCGCGGCGAACCUGUCAAACUGUUAACUAUUGACUUCACAGAUCUGAAACCCGUAUACGCGACUGAUGGCCUACAUGACAUAGUCAUAAUUGAGACAUCAGAUGACCAACUAGUAAAUGGUUUCGUACUAUGGGCGGUGUGGAGAAUAGGGGGUAGACAGAGUUCCGGUCCAAUACAAACACCGAAGGUUGGCGAGCGCGUCGACUGGGAUCCUCAUACUAGACAAGCCGUCAAAAUACUGAAAAAGUCGUACGAGGUGGACUCACUUAAAUGGAGCUAUCAGGCGGCCUGCGACCUUGGCAAAGGCCAGUUUAAUGUCAACAUUGAACUGCUACUAGACUAA